AUGUCAGGCGGUCCGUUCGGCAAGCCGCUGUUCGGCACUCCCGCCGUCGCGCCGAUUGGCGGUGACAAUGCUCUCAACGGGGAUUCGAGCGGAAAGAACGAGACUCCCGUCGACCAGAAUCAGCCCAAGCGAUUCACGUUCAAGAAAUCUGCUCUCAGCUCUGUAGCUGACAAUAUGUGGAAGAAAAGCCAAUCGGUAUUCAAUACCGACCAAAAGAGCACACCAGUGCAGCUGGAAAAGAAGACACUGAAUGAUGUGUUAGGCAAAGCCGUAGCGGACAAGGAGAAGAAGGAGGCCGAGGAGAAGCCAUCCGUCAUCUUCGGCUCGCAAGUUAAGGAGAAAGUGCUAGGAGAAAUUCCGACUACAGAUGAGCCCGCCUCGAGCACGAGUACGUCUACUGAGGUCCCGAAGUCUAGUCUUACGCAGGAGGCGACGGCUGAGUCGACGACGAAGUUCCGUGAGGAAUCCGCCAAUGCUGCCGAGGCUUUGAAGCGGGAAAAGGAGAAGCACCUUGCUGAAGAGGUAGAAGUGAAAACGGGCGAAGAGGGUGAUCGAAAUAUUUGUCAGGCUGCCUGCAAGCUGCACGCCUUUGAUAAGGAAAAGAAGGUCUGGGUCGAGCGGGGACUUUGUCAGCUACGGAUCAACAAACGGCAAGAGGACACCGAGACUCACUAUCGGAUCGUCGCCCGUUCUACGGGCAACCAACGGGUCAUCAUCAAUUCUAAGAUUUUCUCCGACAUGUUCCUGGAACGGGUUGACCGCAAGCGCAUCAAGCUGUCGGCGACAGGGCCUGAUUGUGACGCUCCGCAGAUAUUCCUCGUCUCGCUGAACUUUUCUAAAACCGAUCAGACGGCCGAAACAGUUUUCAACCACCUCGAAAAUUGCCUGGCCACUGAGACUCCAGCCGAACAGCGCAAGCGGAAGGCCAGCGAGCAGCACGCGGAAAACUCGGAAAGCGAUUCUAAACUGCAAAACAAGCGUGAGAAAGUCGUCGACGAGGAGGAGGAGACCGAAACGACGACGGAAUCCACGGAAGCUGACACUUCGAAGCCGACGGAUGAGGGAGAGGACGGGUCAGAAAAUGAUGGAUCUUGUCAGGGUACCUCAAGCGAAUCGAAAGACUCUACCCAGGACACUUCCGGCGAAACCGAAACCGCCGCC